AUGGCAUCGGCUUCCCCCCAAUCGACUACCCAACUGUCAUCUCUGAGCUCAGGCCUCGUCUAUGCCCUCGCAGCAAGCCGCUUUGCCGCCGGCGCAGGCUGCGUGUUCGCGCCCUCUGCCAUGUCCGGCGUUCUCCAAUGGGAAUCCUUGCCUGGGGUCACCCUUCUGGCCCGUACGUUUGGUGUCCGCGAGGCCGCCAUUGGCGGUCUGACAGUGCUUACACUCAACAAACCUGAGUCUACCAAGGACCUGCGUCGUAUCAUAUGGACAGGCAUCGCCGUCGACGCCUUUGACGUCAUCAGCUCUCUGAUGGUUUUAGCCUCGUCUGAUGGCACAGCCAUGGAGUUGGCGGCUGCGAAAUCAACGGGUGGGAUGGGAUUCUGUUGCGUAAUUGUGGGCUUGUACGCCAUCAAGACAUUGGGAUCCCUCUAG